AGUCUUAAUGUUGUUGCUGUUGCUCUAGCGUCAGGAGUUCUCAAGGCGAGAGUAGUAUUGUUAAUGUUACAGGAAGUCUUAUGAGACAGUGGCAUGUGUUACAUUGAAAAGUAUUUAUCAGCUAAAAGACAUGAAGAAGAGGUUCAACAUCAACCUAGAUGACUCUGCUUUCACCAAAGAAAGAACACCGCCAAAGCCGCAGUUUCAAUCUUCAUCUAAAGUAGGACAAAACACCUCAGCCUCAACUUCAUGUUCAGCGAAGCCUGCUGAUGAGCCCGUGGACCAGCCUAUUUCCUAUGCAGAUUAUAUCGUCCAGAGUAAAAGCAAUGUGGAUGCUCCUACUAAAAGAGAGGGUCCCUCCAAACUGCUCAGGACUGAAGGUGCUGUUGUUACCGAUCUGAACCAAAGUGAGUCAGAUUCAGUGCCGUCUGCUCCAGGCUUAUGUGAAACAGUUCAGGACUAUGUUAAAGGGACUGAAGGUGGAUCUGAAGGGUCUAAGAAGAGCGAGAAGACACAGGUGACUGGCACACACCAGAAAGAGGAGAACUGUCAAAGUUCAGAACCAAGCCUAAACCUGGGUCCAAAACCAGUGGGAUCUGGGAGCAGCAUUAUUGUCAGUCCUCGACAGAGGGGAAAUCCCAUCCUGAAGUCUGUGAGGAGUGUCCCAUGGGAGUUUGGAGAUGUUGUACCAGACUAUGUCUUGGGCCAGACGACUUGUGCUCUCUUCCUUAGUCUGAGGUAUCACAAUCUCAAUCCCAACUAUAUCCACGAUCGUCUCAAGCAGCUUGGACAGACGUUCACCCUGCGAGUGUUACUGGUACAAGUAGAUGUGAAAGAUCCUCAUCAUACGUUGAAGGAGCUGGCUCGCAUCUGCAUCAUGGCUGACUGCACUCUCAUCUUAGCUUGGAGUCCAGAGGAGGCAGGGCGUUAUCUGGAAACGUAUAAGUCAUAUGAAAAUAAACCAGCAGACUUACUGAAGGAGCAAGUUGAAAAAAACUAUCUGUCAAAGGUUACUGAUUGCCUGACCACUGUGAAAUCUAUAAACAAGACCGAUGCCAUUACCUUGCUGUCCACUUUCUCAUCUGUUGAAGGAAUCAUCAGUGCCUCUAAGGAAGACUUGGUUCUCUGUCCAGGCCUUGGACCACAAAAAGCUCGGCGACUCUUUGAUGUGCUUCAUAAGCCCUUUCUCAAGUCGAAGACAAAAGACAGCUGAAACGUCUUACUAAGGAUGUGUGACGUGCUCCUGAAGAGAACUCGAUAACGUUUGGCGCCAUGUUGAACAGCAUGCAAACACACACACACUUUAGAAGACUGAAUUAAAUACUAUAAACACUCAUCCUUUACUGAGAUGAAGAAAGAAAUGUGACUGCUCUGAGACUAAGAAUCAGCUGCAAAUGUUUUAAGACUUUAAGAUGUGAACUCUUUAGCUGUUGCGCACUGAUUCUUAGCUUUGAGUUAUUGUUUGAUAUCAUUUGUUCAUUGUUGAAUUAAUUUUUUUAUGAAAAUAAAUGUUUUGUAAUAUUUUUAUACUGUACCUUUU